UUAGGAAAAGAGAAAUUAAGUAAGAAGAGAGAGAUGGGAAUAACAAUAUUAAGAUGGUUAAGUUUAGUACUCUUCAUAGUUGGAACAAUUGGAGUAGUUUUAGGAGAUGAUCAAGGAGGUUGUCAAAGUCAGGCUUCAGGUUUAGCAAAAGAAUGUGCACAAUAUGUACUGAGGACAGGUCCAAAAAUUCCACCAUCAAAGGCUUGCUGUGAGCUGAUUAAUACGAUUGAUAUUCCUUGUUUAUGUAACCAUGCCACUAAAGAGAUUGAACUUAUUGUUAGCAUGGAAAAGGUUGUUUAUGUUGCUGGUUUGUGUGGCAAAGCACUUCCUCACGGAGGCAAAUGUGGAAGUUUUACUAUUCCUCCUGCAUGAAGGGAUUAGCCACAGAAGAACAGGAAGAAUGAGAAGAAGAGCGAGAGAGAUUUAAGUAUCAGUAUAAGUUAUCCAUGUCACUGUGGGAGCUGAGGCAGCUGCCUGUUGUUUGUUGUUGUUGUUGUUUUUAAGUUCAAAUUUCUUUCCAGAUCAACUGUGUGUCAAUCUGAAGAGCAUCCUACAGAUUUAAAUUUUCAUCUAUAUAUUCUCCGGUUUGAGUUUGUCAUUGUUUGUCGUCAUUUAGAUGUUAAAUCUCAGCUUCUUUCAAUUA